UUGAUCAGUCGUGUGUGAAAAGAAAAUUAAACUUUAAAAAUAUUUGAGAUGAGAUAUUUUUUAGGUUUGGUGUUUGGAUGCGGAUUGGUGUUAACAGCUCAGGACACUGGGUAUCCGGCAGGCUUGUUUGCUGACUGUCCCGGUAUGAAUCGCACCACAAAAUUAUCGGAAGAAACGAAACUCUCGCUCUCUGUGGUCGUUUUUUGGCCUAAAUCUCAUAUAUUUGAAAUUAACGAAAAGAAAUGCAACUUCGGUCCAGACGGUGCCGCGUGUAUCGCCAGUGUUUUACACUUCAAGCGGAGAAAAACUCAGGUGCUGAUCAGCGGUUACUUGGACGCUUCGUUCUCUCCCAUGGCUCGGAUGGUGCUGGACCCCUAUCUCAAGAUGGGACGCAAUGUCAUAGUAAUGGAGAUGUUUCCUAUAUUGUAUCGUAGCUAUCCUAUAGCAGCUCGUCUAACCAAGCCUCUGGGUUACCUUUUGGGCGAGCUUCUGGCCCAGUUGGCACACCGCGGCCUCUCACACAAGGACAUAGAGCUGCUGGGCGCCAGCCUCGGCGCGCAUAUCGCGUACCACGCCGCCAUCAAGUACCAUCAGCUGACGAACAGAAAGCCGAUGAGACUCACUGGGCUGGACCCGGCAGGUCCGUGUUUCCGCAACUUGUCACCAGAGGACAGGUUUAGCGCGAGCGCGGCGCACAUGGUGGACGCGCUGCACUCUAACAUGGAUGGCUUCGGACUCGCGGAUACUGUCGGCCACAUUGAUAUAUAUGCUAAUGGUGGAGAAUACCAACAAUCAAUGGUGAAUGGCUUCCUGUUACCUUGUCUGACACUGUGCAGUCACAUGCGCUCCGCAAUGUACUGGGUGUCAGCACUCAACAAUCCGGACAAAUUUCUAGCUGUACGCUGCCAAUCCGUAUCUAGAGCGAGACAUGGCGACUGCUAUGAUCAACAAUUGGUCACCAACGUGUUAGGAUCCAAUACAGACUUCAAUAGACCCGGUAUUUACUACUUACCCACAAAUGAAACUGAUCCAUAUUACAUUUACAAAGAAGCUUUAGUAAAAAGACCUUAUGGACCAAAUGCUUACCUUCUAAAAGUAUCUCCCGAUGAAGAUAUAAUUAUAUAA